GUAUGAUAAUUAUGCCCUGACGUCACUUCCCAGUUGUUCAAUGCGCCAUUUUCUCGACUCUAAACGGCAAGCACAAUAAAUGAGUCCUACUUGCAAAUAUUAAUAAAUACUCUUUAUUGCUGGUUUCCAUAGUUGAGAGCGCAGAGUUAUUGUUUCAACAUCCUACACCGCUUCCACAUCUUCUCUCAUCGGUUUUGGCAAGCACGCGGAUUGGUGAAAGUAGCUAAAUCCCCUCCCUGAGUCUGUGUGGCGCUGAAAAAAGGUGUAGGACCAUGUACCAGUUUCCAGUCAGAGGGUUGGAGAAGAUCCGAAGAACAAGACGAAAAGUGAAAAACAUUCUUGGAGAAUUUGGACUUGAAGAAUGUCUUAAUUUGGGCCAGGAACUCCAGGAAUUUUACCCGGGAGACAAUGUUUUUGAUGCCACAGACUGGCCCAGUUUAUCUGAGGGGUUUGACGGACGGUGGAAAAAGAAGUGGGAAUAUCGGACACGAGGGUUGUGUUGCACCUUAUGCGAGUUCUCUACAAGAUCCUGGCAUGCCUACAAAACCCAUGUUCAGCGCUACCAUGAUGAAGAAGAGCGUCUGUGCAAGCUUUCAGCAUGUACUUCUUGCCCAUUUAUAGCCCACCCCAGAGUGGUCUCCAGGCACCUCAAAUUGUUCCACAUUGAGGACACAAAGUUAGAAACUCCGACUGUCCCGCAGCUGCCUCCAAGGGCUGUGAACGGCACCACGUUUCAGUGCCGAAGAUGCCAUAUUCAAGAUACUCUUUUGUAUAGCGUGAAAAAGCAUGUUCUUCUUUAUCACUACACUUCCACAUUGAAUAAAUAUGCCGGGCAGCGAUCGGAGCGGGAACUUGUGGCCCUAGGAGAUAGGUCUCAGAAAUUCUACUGCAAGAAGUGUUUCGUAUCAGCUGAGACAUCUGAACACUUGCUGUAUCAUCUUCUAACCUCAGAAAAGCACAAGGAACUGGAUGUUCAUAUCAGAGCUCUAAUUUUUGAAACUGAAAGCACGAAACAGUACCCUGCUCUAGCACCAAAAACACAAAGCACUCCUCCUGUCUUGAUGAUGAAAGAUCAGCCAGCGUUGACUUCUGCACUGGCCGCUGGUGGAAUUAAAGGACCGGAAAAUGGUGGUCCUGCAAUCAUUGCUGCCCCUGGAAGCAGCCAGGCGUUUCUCCCAACUCAAGCUUCUGCUCUGGUUCAACUUGCAAGCGCUGAAGCUAAGGGUUUACUGAGGCCUGGAGUUCCACUGGCUUUUCAGAACACCCAAAUUACCAGACCUGCCGUGCCUCCUGCUCCUAGCGGCAUUCCUCCCAACCCGGUGUCUGUCACAGUAGGCCUACCUAGUCAGUCACAACUGCAACCUGUUUCCCGCCAAAUUGUCUUACCGCCAGGUGUUCGCCUUAAUGUACCUGCUGUUAGGCCACCGGCACCUCAGUCCCUCGCUGCUAAUCCUAGAAUGCCCGUAAAUCAACCCGCUUCUGGAGGAACCAUGAUAACCUCUCAAUCACUUCUGAGCCAUUUGGUCCCCACUGGCAACAAAGUCGACGGAUUGCCCACCUACACUCUCGCACCUUUGCAGGUCCUGUCGGUCCAAGGAAAUAACUCCCAAGGAGUCAACAAACCGCCCUUGCCAGCAUCCCAAAACAACCUACCUGUUCAGCAAAACAAACCAAACACCUCUUUGCCAGCCCCCAAGCAAACCAAGAAGUGGAUCACGUGUCCUAUUUGUAAUGAACUCUUCCCGUCUGAUAUCUACGAGUCACAUCCAGAAGUUCACAAAGAGGCAGCUAAAAUGCCCAAGAUUGGUCUAGCUGCUCGUGCUCCAUUUUUGAAGAAGAUGCCAGACAAGACCGUGAAAUGCCUGACAUGCAAGAUCUUGAUUUCAGAAAAGGGAGUUUUUGAACACCUGCUUCAUGGCAUGAACUGCUUGUUCUGUUCCGGGCUCUUCUACUCCAUCAAGCAGCUUGUCGACCAUAUCCAGAAGGAACAUAAUGUGAACCGAAAGAGCAACUGUGACUUCAUGAGGCGUGAAUACCGACUUUAUACUGAUGAUUCGGGGAAUCUACUCUUUCCCUACUUCGACAUCAGGACCACGGCUCCUAAACUAAUUAUGGGUGAGAAGGAGCUCAAUCUUGCGUUGGUCACAAGCUCCCUCGAUCUGAUCUUUGUGAAGAUGUUGCCCAACAAUCCUCUGGCUAUGGGCAAGCUGUCCACACCGUGCAACAUGCCCACACCUAAUCCUGACAGCACGGAGUGCCCCUUCUGUUCGGAGAAGCUUCUGAACAAGGAAUGCUAUCAAAUGCACCUCAAAGAGAAGCAUUUUAUUGUGCCCACUCUGCAUGCUAUACUUAAAACCCCAUCAUACCGAUGCCUCUACUGUGGUGGUGUGUACACUGGGAAAACCACUACCAAGGCCAUCAUUGUCCACUUGGCUAAAUGUCGCAGUGCACCGAAGAGUCUCAAGGAUAGUGAUAAACUGAAUUUAGGAUUAGCUGUUACUCCCAGAGCAAACCGAGCGGUUGUGUCAUACCCAGCUCAUCCAAAACAAAUCACUGGUCCAACCCCGACUCCAGUUCAAGCCUCUGUUCCUGCCACACAGCCACCAGAAACAGAAGCAGAGAUGCAGAGCAAGUUGCGCCUAGAAAUAGCCUUCAGGGAAGCUAUGGAAGCAAAUAGGAAAGAGCGGGAAGAGCGGUUGGCAAGGAAGAAGAAACUCGAGCGAGAUAGGUUGGCUGGUCUGACUGUCCCCACACCUGAAGUAGUAAUCGAUCCUUCCGUACAAUUAGCAUUGGAUCCUACCGGAAUGGAGCUGUCUACCUUUGAAGAACGUCGUGAGUUUGUCAAUAAAUACUUUAAUACGCAGCCUUACCCGCUCAAGAAGGAGAUCGUUGCCCUGAGUGGCCGGUUGCUGCUUAACAAAACUGACAUUGCUUGCCAGAUUGGCUCAAAGCGUACCAGAUGUCUGAAGAGCAUGCAGAAAACUAAGGCUGUCAUACUUUUAGGCUUCAAUAUGGCAGAGUUGAUGAAAUUGAAGCAUAAUCUCCUCAUCCCGGAGAUUGAGCCAGAGAAGUUGACCACCGUGACAGACACAGAAAUGGAGGACCUCCAAGAAUAGAUUCCCAUUAGUAAAGACAAGGAGGCCUUCAAUGCAAAUUGUAUUGAGAGCCUAUACCCUUUCGUGUUCCUUGAAACAAUGCAAAAUAUGUUCCAUUCUCACCGAAACUAGUGUUAAACUGUUAACCAAGUAGAAUUUGAGAGAUUGAAACAAGUGAAAAUGUGUUUGAUUUUUGGCUGCUGUUCAUAAAUGUGUGUUUGAAUACUUAUGUUUCGUUUCAUAUUAACCAUUUUAAAGUAUACAUCCAUUACUUUUCAUUGAGGCAUCACUUUAAGCAAGGUUCAUGUUAAAUUAGAUGUUUGUAGCCCAUUUAUAGUUGUAGGGUUGAAAAUGUUUGUGUGAAAUAUAGUUUUCAUGUUUGCCAAAUGUCAUAAACUCUUUUUUGUGACAUUCUUUAUAUAUUUGUUGGAAUGUAAGAGUUUAUGAAGUUACCUGAAUUCCAUUUUGUUUUAGACCAUGUAUCUUUCUGUUAAUUAAUUCCAUUUAUUGUUAAAUUUCUAUUUUGCUUGCCUUAUACUUUUAUAAAUAUGGUAUAUUCAAAUUAUUGUUUUGAUCAGAUUUUUUGCCAAAAAAAUUAUCUUAUAAGAAUGAAUGCUGCUUACCUAAGUGACAUCCUCUUAGCUGAUACCUACUAAAGUGUGGAGCUUUGCAGAGGAAUUUUAAUUGGUUGCAGUUCAUUUCAAUUGUAUAAUGAUUGUAAGCAUCAGGAUAUCUUGUAGACUCUUGACUUCCUGUUUUAUUUCCUCUGUUCAGUAUUCAGUAUAGUGAACAACUACAUCGAAGCUUACAAAAUGAAAGUUGUGUAAAUAAAUUAGAGCAUAUAUACAUACUUACAAGUGCACUUCUUUCAAUUGUAUGUUCAUCUGUA